AUGGCUGCACCACACAGUUCUGAGCCUGACAAGGUCUCAAUCUCGCCGUUGCUCAAGAGCUUGGCAUAUCCUGAUGCCAAACACAUCAAGGCGCCUGCUGGCGAGAUAGCUGCUGCCUUUGCCCUCAUCUUCGAGGACAGGCUGUCUGCGAUACAGACUGCGGCAUUGCUCACACUGCUGCACUCGACGGGGCUGGAUAAGGACCCUGAUGUCAUUGCCCAAUGCUCCCAACGCAUGAGAGAAGCUGCCACACCGACGGAGAAGGGCCCGUUGCUUGCAGUACUCGAGAAGCGAGGCCGAAAGGAAGGCACCUACAAUGGUGGAUUGUGCGAUAUCGUCGGAACUGGCGGCGACCACCACUCGACUUUCAACAUCUCCACAACCUCAUCAAUCGUUGCAUCGCAUUUCCUAAUGACAGCUAAACACGGCAACAGGGCGCAGACAUCCUUCUCCGGGUCCGCAGAUGUCCUUAUGCACGUUACCCCUAUUGCACCGAAGAUUGAAGCCGUCAACGCAGGAAACCUAGCCAAAGUCCUCGAACAAACAAACUAUGCCUUCCUGUUUGCUCCCAUCUUCCAUCCGGGCAUGAUGUACGCAAACCCCGUCAGAAGAGGCCUUGGUCUGAGAACAAUUUUCAACCUCAUGGGACCCCUGGCCAACCCUGUAGACUGGGCCAUUGAAGCUCGAGUCGUUGGCGUAGCGUACCAGGCUCUCGGGCCCGUAUUCGCAGAUGCUUUGCGUCUGAGCGGCGUGACAAAGGCAAUGGUCGUAUGCGGAGAAGAAGACCUAGACGAGAUCAGUUGUGCUGGCAAGACCAAUGUCUGGAGAAUUGUUGAAUGUGACCCCUCAGAGGCUACUCCGGUCACCCCGACGCAGGAAUACGACGCAGAAGGCAACGAGAAAGUGUUGAAGCCAACCAAGAUUGAGAAAUUCUCCAUCGAAGCCGCAGACUUCGGUCUACCCCCUCACCCGUUGUCCGAAGUCGGCGGUGGUAAAGGACCCCAGGAGAAUGCACUCAAGUUGAUAAGUAUCCUGCGAAACGAGUUACCUCGUGACGACCCCAUCUUGCAUUUUGUAUUGAUGAAUGUUGCCGGACUUCUGGCCAUCUCGGGAGUUUGUGAAGCCGAUACUAGUAACAUGGGCCCUGGGGAUGAUGGUAAAGUGAUCACUGAACGUGGGCCAGGUGGGCUCAGAUGGAAAGAAGGCCUGAGACGUGCUCGUUGGGCCAUCGAGAGCGGCGAAGCAUAUAAAUGUUUCGAACAGUUUAUCAAAGUGUCCAACACAUUUUGA